AUGUUUAUGGCAUCCAGACUCCCUGUUUCUAUACGAAUCACUUAUCGACCUUAUAAGAAGAAAGAGUGCUUCUUAGAGGACUUUGAAGGAAGAAAGUUGAAAACUCUCCUUCCCCAUUCUGGUGGCAGGGAGUUUGUUGGAUUAAGUCGUGGUUACUUGGUCUUUUUUGGAAGGAAAACUUGUGAUUUCUGGCUUGUAAAUCCUAUCACAAGGCAUGAACUUCAUUUUCCUGCUCACCCCUUCUCUAGAUAUUUCCGGCCAACACGCUUGAAGGUUAUCCUUGUCUUUUCCCCUUGGGUAGUAUCUGAGUGGGUGCUUGUGGUUUCAGCAAGAUACUCUCAUUCAAUAUGGUUUUCUGUAUCUGGUAGUGGAUCGUGGAUCCGCUCCAAUACUUCUUCUCAAAUAUAUGAUCUACAUUUCUUCAAGGAGAAGAUAUAUGUCUUAACCAGAAGCUGUUUUUAUGAAUUUGAACUCUAUCCAAUGCCUGAAUUUAUUUUACUCCAAACCAAGAAUUUACCACGUUUAUACUUGACUGGGGAGUUUGUAAGUACGGCUGCAAACUUGUAUCUGAUGCAUUGCCCAUCAAGCGAUUCGGUUUUGGUCCAGCUAGAUUUUGAUGACAGGAAGUGGGUGAGCUGUGAAAAGAUUGAAGAAUAUGCUGCUGUUAAACUUGGGAUGUGGGCUGAUAUUCGGUCAAAGUGGUACCUUCUGCAUGAUUGUUUAAAUGUUAAUCUCAUACACAACGAGCCAUAG